UGGAAGGGCCGCUCCUGUGUUUCCUUCCUCCAUGGGUCGGUCGGUACCCGCCAUUUUGUUCCUUUGACGGUUGGAUGGUCACCCGUGCCCGUGUUAAGCCGCUUCUGAAACGUUAAUUUCGACUGGGAUUCCCAAGGAGAUGGGGUGCUGCAGUGCUGUGGCCUGUGCUAAUUCGGAUCGUAAAGGCUUCCGUAUGUUUCGCUUUCCAUCCGACUCGCACAGACGACGCCUGUGGUUAGCAAAGACGAAGAGAGGUGGAGACUGGGAACCAACAGUCAAAAGCCAACUUUGUGAAGCGCACUUUGAGGACAGCCAGUUCGAACAGCAUCGAGCAGAUGGCUGGAAGAAACUUAAGCCAAAUGCUGUCCCCACGCUGUUCACCCACACAAAGGCUAAAGCCAAAAGGAGGCCCCAAAAGAAGAAAAAAUCACCACCUAGUGCAAAUGUCCAUGACACGUUGCUCCCGGAAGGAGCGCCACACAAGGAUGUACUGGGGCUAGAAUACCAACCUUCUGAUGCUGCUUUAAUUGCAUCACUAACACGAGAGAGUUCACCUGGUUUCCCUACAGUGCUGGAUUCCCAGGCAGAAUGAAGCAAAGACCACGUGGAGCCUGGCACCAGCAGACCCAGCACCUGCCUGCCGCAGGUGACUCUCCUGAACUAUCUGCACACGCACUCAUGGGAUCUGAACAACUGCUUGUGAAGAAAGGCUUUAGCUGUUUUUCCGCCUGUCUAAAGUAGUGUGUUCGUCGAGGGACUCACAUUACUGGAGUGUACAGUCGAAGAGGCUGCAGUGACACUGCGUGGAAUUUGAAGCUGCUGAGGAAAGAGCACAACGCACCGACGUCCAGACGGGCCGUGUUGCCGACCUAUCAUGGCUGACGUCACAUUGUGACUUUUCAUGUGGCAACCACAGAAGGAGGGGAAAUCGCACACCUAUGCGCUGCACUGUGUGGUGGGAAAACACAACGCUGUGGUUGCACGCUAACAUGACCAAUGAGAGCAUUUUUUUUACGUCUUUCACUGCUCCUUUAAUGUCUGCUUACUGUGUACGUGCAGCCAUUGAGCUGCUUCUUGAAGUAAUAUAUGAAAUAUCUGGAGCAUGGUGACUGGAGAGUACUGGAGGGUCAAGAAGAGAAGAUGAAACAGGACCUCAAAGCAACAUUCCACGAUGAGCUUUGACUGAACCCUCGAGACCGAGGCAGCAAGUGGCUGAGUGGGUGACGAGAAACAGAGGUCUGCUGCUACAAUUCUGAUGUGGAACCACUGGUUCCUCCAACAUUUUGGGUGAGAAGCUGUGAUACACGUCAUUCAGAACCUUCGGGCACAGGGUGGAAGGAAUUUGCUUUGCCUCAAGGAAGCUAAUGAUGUUUGCAGAAAAAUAAAUUAUCAGAAAUUGUG